AAUGGCACUCGCGCACAAUUCCCGCGGACUUUAUUUCGCUCCGAUCUCUGUGUUUCGAGCAACCUUCCUUCGUUCGUGUCGCAACCAGAGAGGAAACUCGCCCGCCUCCCCAUCUAGUUCUGGGCCACGGUUAAAAAUGCAUCGUUCAUGCCUUGGCAAAUCUUUUUUUUUUUUUUUUUUUGCCCUCCUUCCCUGCUGUCUUGUAAUAAGAUUAUUGCUUGGGGUUACUUCGAAAUGUAUCCGAUUGGAUACUCAAGUUUCUCAAGUUUGUUAAUAUCCGUUUUGAAAAUCUAAAAUUAAGUCAAAAUUCAAUUUCAAAUUUUCUUCUUCCGCUAAUAAUAAUGAAAUAAAUCUUGGACGAUUGGAAGAUUGUGCAAUUAUCAGUGUGAAAAGUAGGAAUCGUCGCGCGAUACUCGAGUUGGACGCGAAUUCGAUGUAAAUAUUUUCGGAAUCGUUGGAUAAAUUCGAGCGAACUCAGUAUUGAUAACGGCGAAUUAGCUCGUCGCGUUCACGAUAAAUCAGCGAGAAAUCUAUGGGAACCAUUACGAUAAAUUUCUAUUUUCAUUUCUUGUUUAUUUAGGAAUCGUGCGCGACUUGAAAUUUUUUUUUUUUUUCGAAAGUAAAACGAAAAUUCUUAAAAAGGCGAGUAUAUCGAGUGUGGUCGUUAGAUAAAAAGAUAAAAAAUUUACGAAUGCACGGCGAUUUCAUUUGAAAAAUAUCUAUUUGUGAAGAAUGUCGUGCAAGAGGUGUUAUUAUUCGUCGCGAUAGUUAGGGACGAGCUUAGGAAAAAGCUCGUCGGGACGGAAGAGUUGAAAAUACCGACGAUCAACCUAUUCAUCUCGCGUUUUUAUUCGCUCACAAUAAUCGUUUACGUUUUCCGCAGUUACAGAAGCCUGAAGCCGGCCGAUAAAAUAAAAUUUUUGCUCGUAAGAUUAACAUAUUAACGAGCCGCGUGAAAUUAAAUUUCCACCUUAGCUUUAUUCCUAGCUUUAUUCAUUCGUCUCCUCGAUGACCGUCGAGAGAAUCUUGAAUUCGAGAAACUUCUGUCGUAGUUUUUCCAUUCUCGUAUAAAGGUAUAAGAACGAUAAACGGAGAAGAAAAAAGAAGAAAAGUGGCGGAGAAACUCGCUUCUUCUUUUCAAACAUUGAGUCGCCUUAUUAAAAAAAAAAAGCGACGAAUAAGGAGAAGCAUCAGAGCGCAGAAGCCGCACUCUUGGAUAAUAAUCUUCGAAUCGAGCGCAAACGAUUUGUGUGUCGAUAAUCGUUAAAAGCGUUAUACAUCUUUUAUUACAUUCAUUAUAUACAUUUUUCUUUAUAGAAUAUUCCGUGUAAAUGAAAUAUCGAUUACAAUCUCGUUGUCAUUGUAAAGUAACGAUAAUUAUCUUUUGAGUGAAAAUUAAAAUCUGUGCAAUACUACUCAAAGUUUAUUCGUUUAUACGAUAUUUUACAACAUUUCGAUUUUCGGUAGAAAACGCAUCUUAUAUAUAUAUAUAUAUAUACAUACACGCGAAUUUUUUCCUGCAGUGUAUCACAAGAAUGUCCCUGGCGGCGUUGAUUUUCCCGAAAGAAAUAAUUUAUCCGCAUCAAAUCGUGCAGAAGAACGAUUUAUUCGUCCCGCGGCACGGACUUUCCGCGUUGGAGAAAUAUAUUAUAUCGCUUAUCGUAUCCUGACUAUAUUUCCAUUUCGUAGUAUAUCAGUACAGGUGACACGACACCGUGUCCCUUAUAUCAUUUCCCGCGUUUCUUCCGACCACGGAAGAACACUCUUCACAACACUUUGCGUCAUUUUAGAUUAAUUAGAAUACGUGAAUCAUCGACUCGCGUUAAAUGCGUGUUACUCUUUUUAUCUGCUUCUCGUGGCUGUGUCGAGAUUGUUUGGCAUUUGGAAUAUUAUAAUCCGUUAGUUUUCUCCGGAAUGGAAUUAACCGAGAAGGAAAUACGUGUCUCUCUGCGUAUGUGUGUCCGAGUCUCAAGUAAUUGUGACUUUCGUUGAGUCACGUUUAGAAAAGAAGCGAUGAGGUAACGUAAGGGAUAAUAUUUAGACAAGGUAUAUAUAUAUAUAUAUAUAAGUGAAUUUCGUUUAAAAUAAAAGCUGAAAGCAAGCAUUGGUUAUAGAGAGGCAAAAAAGAAAAAAGAAAAAAAAGUGAACGAAAAAAAUCGAUUUCAGGAUACUUCAAAAAAAGAUUUUAAAUUUAUUAAUAAUAAAUUCUUUGGAUCGCGCGAAUAAGAGUCGAUCGAAUUGGGUCGACUUUGCGUUAGAAAAGCGCAAUAAUGCGCGUUGGCGCGUACAUAUUCGAAUCCGACCCGACUCGACCCGACGACUCGUGAUCGGCCGACUCGACUCGACUCCGCACGAUUCGACCCGAGUCAGCCGUCUUCGCAUCAGCCUUCGCCGCGUACCUAGUCAUUUCGUAGUAGCGCUCAGUCGUGUCCACGUACUUACGUACGAGCACGCUCACUCGUGUACAGCGAAUUCAACCGACUAGUCCGAGACCGGCUGUGACGGACAUAAUAGUAUGAAGGACAUCCGGUCGCAGUUUGAGAAAAAUGGCUUCGUCGUCUUGGAAGAUUUCUUUCAACCGGAAGAAAUCGAUGAACUUAAAUUCUGCGGGGAAGAAUUUACUAAAAAUUUACCACCGGAAAGUGAGAGAAAAAUUUUUAAUUCGAUAGAAUCGCAACAGAACAAAGAUAAAUAUUUUCUGGACAGUGCUAAUAAGAUCAGUGUAUUCUUCGAAUCCGAAGCUCUGGACGAUAAUGGAAAGUUAAAAGUUCAUCCUAGAGUGUGCCUUAAUAAGGUAGGUCAUGCUCUUCAUUGGCUUCAUCCCACAUUUAGAAAAUACACUUUUGACGAAAGAGUUAAGGAAGCAGCUUUUCAACUGAAUUACGAAGAACCAGCUGUUUGUCAAUCAAUGUAUAUCUAUAAAAAUCCGGGAAUCGGGUCGGAAGUAAUGAUGCAUCAAGAUGCAUCGUAUUUAUACACAGAUCCAGUGAAACUAGUUGGUUUUUGGAUCGCUUUGGAAGACGCUAUUCAAGAAAAUGGAUGUCUGUGGAUCGCACCAGGUUCUCAUCAAAGCGGUGUUCAUCGACGUUAUCUAAGGAAUAAGGAUCCAGAUUCCAAGGAUCUAUUGAUAUACGAUAAACCUGCACCUUGUUAUCAACUUAGUAACUUUCGACCAGUACCAGUUAGCAAAGGAACUUGUAUUCUUAUUCACGGUCAAGUAGUACAUUUUUCGUAUCCAAACAAAAGCGACAAAUCGAGGCAUGCUUAUACGUUUCAUGUAAUCGAGACGCAACAUAUUUCUUAUUCGAAAGAUAAUUGGUUACAACCGCCUCCAGGAGGAUUUUUAAAACUAUACAGAAAUUAAAUUUACAAAGAUAAUACUACUCUACAUCUCGUUAAAGUGUUAUCAAAUUGCUUUGUUAAACAUUGCCAGGUAUCAUAAAAUAAUACCUAUUUGCUAUUCUGGCUGUGCAUUUUUAUUUUUCAUGUUGUACAAAAGUUCUUAUAUUAUAUAAAACUGUUAAUAAAAAUAUUUAAGAUAUUAA